CCUCUCUUUUGGAAACGAGAGAGGUGGAGGGAGGCAACAAGGCUGCAGAGGAGAGGCCCGCCAAGUCUGCCCGCCUGCAAAGUGUUGCUUUGACACAUCCUUAUUAUGGAAGUUAAGUAAAAAUAUAUACAUAUUAAAAAAUAACUCCGGACGUGGAGCUGCUACGGAGAAGGAAACCGGGGGAAAGAAAACCAGUAGGCAGGCCCGUGGUUUUUCGGCAGCGUGCUGGCAAGUUGGGGGAACACUUUCUAGGAAUUAGGUCUUUUCCUCCCCCUUCAUCAUCUUGACUUCUGAAGAAAGAACUUGGCUUUGGAUUGCGGUGGAGCCUAAGGAGAGAGGGUUAGACACACUUGAAUCAUCCCUCUGGCUGGGCUGAAUUUGCGGGAAUUGAGGAAGCCAGAGUGUUGGAAAUACAGCAGCCUUCGAAGUGCCCUCUGUUAAUUUGGAUGGAUCUAAAUGUGCCCCGUUCAAGACCUCUCCACCAACCCCUUCUGAUCUUGCGAUUUGCUCUUCUUGACUUUAAUUAGUAUCUAGGAAAGUCUAAACUUUGGACCUACCUCUUUUUUUGAUACUUAUUUUUGUACUUUUGCUCUCUGGGAUUGGUUUCUUAAACGAUCUGGAUCCUUUUUAAUAUGUCAAAAUGAGUCUGCUGAUGUUUACACAACUAAUGCUCUGUGGAUUUUUAUAUGUUCGGGUUGAUGGAUCGCGUCUUCGCCAGGAAGACUUCCCCCCGCGGAUUGUGGAGCACCCUUCUGAUGUCAUCGUCUCGAAGGGAGAGCCCACGACUCUCAACUGCAAGGCGGAGGGCCGGCCAACGCCCACCAUUGAGUGGUACAAGGAUGGGGAGCGAGUGGAGACUGACAAGGACGAUCCCCGGUCCCACAGGAUGCUUCUGCCCAGCGGAUCCUUAUUCUUCUUGCGCAUCGUGCAUGGGCGCAGAAGUAAACCUGACGAAGGAAGCUACGUGUGUGUUGCAAGGAACUAUCUCGGUGAAGCAGUGAGUCGAAAUGCAUCUCUGGAAGUGGCAUUGUUACGAGAUGACUUCCGACAAAACCCCACAGAUGUUGUAGUGGCAGCUGGAGAGCCUGCAAUCCUGGAGUGCCAGCCUCCCCGGGGACACCCAGAACCCACCAUCUACUGGAAAAAAGACAAAGUUCGAAUUGAUGACAAGGAAGAAAGAAUAAGCAUCCGUGGUGGAAAACUGAUGAUCUCCAAUACCAGGAAAAGUGAUGCAGGGAUGUAUACUUGUGUUGGUACCAAUAUGGUGGGAGAAAGGGACAGUGACCCAGCAGAGCUGACUGUCUUUGAACGACCCACAUUUCUCAGGAGGCCAAUUAACCAGGUGGUACUGGAGGAAGAAGCUGUAGAAUUUCGUUGUCAAGUCCAGGGAGAUCCUCAACCAACUGUGAGGUGGAAAAAGGAUGAUGCAGACUUGCCAAGAGGAAGGUAUGACAUCAAAGAUGAUUACACACUAAGAAUUAAAAAGACCAUGAGUACAGAUGAAGGCACCUAUAUGUGCAUUGCUGAGAAUCGGGUUGGAAAAAUGGAAGCCUCUGCUACGCUCACCGUCCGAGCUCCCCCACAGUUUGUGGUUCGGCCAAGAGAUCAGAUUGUUGCUCAAGGUCGAACAGUGACAUUUCCCUGUGAAACUAAAGGAAACCCACAGCCAGCUGUUUUUUGGCAGAAAGAAGGCAGCCAGAACCUACUUUUCCCAAACCAACCCCAGCAGCCCAACAGUAGAUGCUCAGUGUCACCAACCGGAGACCUCACAAUCACCAACAUUCAACGUUCCGACGCGGGUUACUACAUCUGCCAGGCUUUAACUGUGGCAGGAAGCAUUUUAGCAAAAGCUCAGCUGGAGGUUACUGAUGUUUUGACAGACAGACCUCCACCUAUAAUUCUACAAGGCCCAGCCAACCAAACACUGGCAGUGGAUGGUACAGCAUUACUGAAAUGUAAAGCCACUGGCGAUCCUCUUCCUGUAAUUAGCUGGUUGAAGGAGGGAUUUACUUUUCUGAGUAGAGAUCCGAGAGCAACAAUCCAAGAGCAAGGCACGCUACAGAUUAAGAAUUUGCGGAUUUCUGAUACUGGCACUUACACUUGUGUGGCUACAAGUUCGAGUGGAGAGACUUCCUGGAGUGCAGUGCUGGAUGUGACAGAAUCUGGAGCAACAAUCAGUAAAAAUUAUGAUUUAAAUGACCUGCCAGGGCCACCAUCCAAACCGCAGGUCACUGAUGUUACUAAGAACAGUGUCACCUUGUCCUGGCAACCAGGUACCCCUGGAACCCUUCCAGCAAGUGCAUAUAUCAUUGAGGCUUUCAGCCAAUCAGUGAGCAAUAGCUGGCAGACCGUGGCAAACCAUGUAAAGACCACCCUCUAUACCGUAAGAGGACUGCGGCCCAACACAAUCUACUUAUUCAUGGUCAGAGCGAUCAACCCCCAAGGCCUCAGUGACCCAAGUCCCAUGUCAGAUCCUGUGCGCACACAAGAUAUCAGCCCACCAGCACAAGGAGUGGACCACAGGCAAGUGCAGAAAGAACUAGGAGACGUCCUUGUCCGUCUUCAUAAUCCAGUUGUACUGACUCCCACCACUGUUCAGGUCACAUGGACGGUUGAUCGCCAACCCCAGUUUAUCCAAGGCUACCGAGUGAUGUACCGUCAGACUUCAGGUCUGCAGGCCACAUCUUCAUGGCAGAAUGUAGAUGCCAAAGUCCCGACUGAACGAAGUGCUGUCUUGGUCAACCUGAAAAAGGGAGUGACUUAUGAAAUUAAAGUACGGCCAUAUUUUAAUGAGUUCCAAGGAAUGGAUAGUGAAUCUAAAACGGUUCGUACUACUGAAGAAGCCCCCAGUGCCCCUCCACAGUCUGUCACUGUACUGACAGUUGGAAGCUACAAUAGCACAAGUAUUAGUGUUUCCUGGGAUCCUCCUCCUCCAGAUCACCAGAAUGGAAUUCUCCAAGAAUACAAGAUCUGGUGUCUAGGAAAUGAGACACGAUUCCAUAUCAACAAAACUGUGGAUGCAGCCAUUCGGUCUGUAAUAAUUGGCGGAUUAUUCCCAGGUAUUCAAUACCGGGUAGAGGUUGCAGCUAGUACCAGUGCAGGAGUUGGAGUAAAAAGUGAGCCGCAGCCAAUAAUAAUCGGGAGACGCAAUGAAGUUGUCAUUACUGAAAACAGUAACAGCAUAACUGAGCAAAUCACUGACGUGGUGAAGCAACCCGCCUUUAUUGCUGGUAUUGGUGGUGCCUGCUGGGUAAUUUUGAUGGGUUUUAGCAUAUGGUUGUACUGGAGAAGAAAGAAGAGGAAGGGACUCAGUAAUUAUGCUGUUACGUUUCAAAGAGGAGAUGGAGGACUAAUGACCAAUGGAAGCCGUCCAGGUCUUCUAAAUGCUGGUGAUCCCAGCUAUCCAUGGCUUGCUGAUUCUUGGCCAGCCACAAGCUUGCCAGUAAAUAAUAGUAAUAGUGGCCCAAACGAUAUUGGAAAUUUUGGCCGUGGAGAUGUGCUGCCACCGGUUCCAGGCCAAGGGGAUAAAACAGCAACAAUGCUCUCAGAUGGAGCCAUUUAUAGCAGCAUUGACUUCACUACCAAAACCACUUACAACAGUUCCAGCCAGAUAACACAGGCCACCCCAUACGCCACGACACAGAUCUUGCAUUCCAACAGCAUACAUGAAUUGGCUGUUGAUCUGCCUGAUCCACAGUGGAAAAGCUCAAUUCAGCAAAAAACAGAUCUGAUGGGAUUCGGUUAUUCUCUACCUGAUCAGAACAAAGGUAACAACGGUGGGAAAGGUGGAAAAAAGAAGAAAAAUAAAAACUCUUCUAAACCACAGAAAAACAAUGGAUCCACUUGGGCCAAUGUCCCCCUACCUCCUCCCCCAGUCCAGCCCCUUCCUGGUACAGAGCUGGAACACUAUGCGGCGGAACAACAAGAAAAUGGCUAUGACAGUGAUAGCUGGUGCCCACCAUUGCCAGUACAAACUUACCUACAUCAAGGUCUGGAAGAUGAACUGGAAGAAGAUGAUGAUAGGGUCCCAACACCUCCUGUCCGAGGCGUGGCUUCUUCUCCUGCUAUCUCCUUUGGACAGCAGUCCACUGCAACUCUUACUCCAUCCCCACGGGAAGAGAUGCAACCCAUGCUGCAGGCUCACCUGGAUGAGUUGACAAGAGCCUAUCAGUUUGAUAUAGCAAAACAAACAUGGCACAUUCAAAGCAAUAAUCAACCUCCACAGCCUCCGGUUCCACCAUUAGGUUAUGUGUCCGGAGCCUUGAUUUCUGAUUUGGAAACAGAUGUUCCAGAUGAUGAUGCUGACGAUGAAGAGGAAGCUUUAGAAAUCCCCAGGCCCCUGAGAGCACUGGACCAGACUCCUGGAUCCAGUAUGGACAAUCUAGACAGCUCUGUGACAGGAAAAGCCUUUACCUCCUCUCAAAGACCUCGACCUACCAGCCCAUUUUCUACUGACAGUAACACCAGCGCAGCCGUGUGUCAAAGUCAGAGGCCUCGGCCCACUAAAAAACACAAGGGAGGGCGGACGGACCAACAACCAGCACUGCCUCAUCGAAGGGAAGGAAUGACAGAUGAGGAGGCCUUGGUGCCCUACAGCAAGCCCAGUUUCCCAUCUCCAGGUGGCCACAGCUCGUCAGGCACAGCUUCCUCUAAGGGAUCCACUGGACCUCGGAAAGCCGAGGUGUUGAGAGCAGGCCACCAGCGCAAUGCCAGCGACCUUCUUGACAUAGGAUACAUGGGCUCCAACAGUCAAGGACAGUUUACAGGUGAAUUAUAGUAACUGAGAGGAGACAUACAAAGCUGCUCUGAAGGACCAUCAGGUCCGAACUCAUGGAAGUGAUGACACUAAACAGUGCAAUGAACAAUUUCUUUAUUUAUGUACUAUUAAAAGAACUGUAAAUGCAAUGUAAAGACACACAGCCACACAUAUCCCACAGAUAUUUUAAUUGUGUUCUUCUCUUACGUACACCACCCACCUUAACUCUUUCUUGUCAGGAGUAUAUAAAAAAGAAAGAAAACAAAACUCACCCUACAGGAAGAAAAGGAUUUUCCUCUGUAUAUAAUUUCUUUUGUGCAUUGCUAUGCAAGCUCACUCUUUUUAGCUCUGUUCAUAUUAUUGUCUGUUCUUAUUGGUCUGUUGUACUAUAUGUGAAUUAAUAGGCUGUGGUGCCAUAUAUUAACUUUUAAUUGUGUAACUUUUAUGUUUAAAUUUUGCACUGCAAUUUUAUUUGGUGAUAAGCACAAGUCUCUACUCCUCGUGACAUGAAGAAAAAGACUGAAUGUGAAGGGAGUUUCUGUACUGUAAGCUAGAUUGGAGAAUGAUGGUUGUAACAAAUCACGUUAGAUGGGUUUCAGUUGGGGUGUAGAAAUAGGAAGAUGCAAAGGAACAAUGGUGUUGGCAAAGUCUUCUUUGAAUAUCAGGGACUGAGUCAAUAAAAAAAAUAGUAGAAAGGUGGCUUUUACUAUUGACAAAAGCAGGGGUCAAAAAAAGUAGUUUAAGUCUUAAGACUGAAUAUGCAUUAAAGUAUGCAGGUAGCAAAGAUGUAAUAAAUGUGCUUAAAAAAAGAAAUUAAAGUUUUAUUUAGAAUCAAUUUUGCCUGUCAUUGUAAUUGACCCAUCUGAGAAUUAAAAUAAGCAAGAGGAAAUUAAGGUGUUUUGCAAGAGCUGUAUUUAUAUUACAGUUUUUUAAAAACAUUUUCUGAAUUAUCAUCAUUAAGCUCUCCAACUCAUUAAGUCAGAAUAUAAUAUGAAGUUCCCCAAGGAAAUGAACAAAAUGAACUCUAGAAUAUCUAGCAAAUAGUUAAAGAAGCAAUUUAUUAUUAGGGCAUACUCGGGCUGUUUCCAAAUAUAAACUCUAUUGCAAUAUCUUAUUUCAUCUUUCUAAUACAUGUACAGUACACACUAGAGGAUAGAGCUGCAUCACUUAAAUUCAUGACUUAAAAAAUAAUACAGUCUAUAUACAAUUUGUGUUUUAUUUGAUUAAGAAGUGAAGUUUAUGCCACCCAAUGUAUAGCCAAAUUGUACGUGCUUAAAAAGCAGUGCUGAGAGUAUGUUCAGUUCACAGUAAGUAGAUUUAUUGGAAUAAAUAUUUUGUGGUACAUCCUCAGAAAUUGGCUUCCGACUAAAAUACGUUUGACCCAUUUUGAAUAAGGAAAUUGAAAAGAAAAGUUUAAAAGGAGAAAACAAUGCAUGUUUAUAAACUUUUUAAAUAAAACCAGACCUUGUAAGUGGACAUUAA